UGAUCGCCACACAGAGACCCAAAAGCGAAAUGGGUUUGUUGAACUGAUUCUCGCACCACCCAACCAUUGAUCGCCACACCAUAACCCACACAUUUCGCUUCUUCCGCUUUGUUUUUUUCCUUCUUUUCCAAAAGAAAGUCAUAAUUUCUGUCGGUCGUCUUCUCAGUGAGUCAGCGACUGUGGUGGGUACUCCAGAUUUGUUCCGAUUGGCGGUUCGAUGAAGAAGUAGAGACCCAGAAAACAGAGAGAGCAGGCGAAGGAAGCAAAUGGGUUUGAUCAGUAAUCGAGUGGAGAGAAGCCAAAUCAAACCAGGCGAUCAUAUUUACACUUAUAGAGCUGUUUUCGCCUAUUCCCAUCAUGGCAUUUUUGUCGGGGGAAGCAAGGUUGUGCAUUUUAGACCACAAAGAACCUUACAUUCAAACACUGACACACCUCCUGAUUUCUAUGGUUCAAGUUCAAGCAAUCCAUCAUCCUGUCCGGUUUUCCCUGACUGUGGAUUCAAACAGCUGAACAGCGGGGUAGUCCUUUCAUGUCUGGACUGCUUCCUAAGAAAUGGAUCCCUUUACUGCUUUGAUUAUGGGGUCACCCCAUCAGUUUUCCUUUCCAGGGUUAGGGGUGGCACUUGCACCACUGCUACAUCCGACUCGUUCGAUGUCGUUAUUCACCGAGCAAUGUAUCUUCUUCAAAACGGAUUCGGAAACUACAAUGUUUUCCAAAACAACUGUGAGGAUUUUGCUUUAUAUUGCAAAACAGGCCUUCUGAUUGUAGACAGGCUUGGAGUUGGAAGAAGUGGUCAAGCUACUUCUGUUAUUGGUGCUCCCUUGGCUGCCAUUCUUUCCUCUCCUUUGAAGCUGCUUAUGCCAAGUCCUGUUGGCAUGGCUGUGAUGACUGCUGGAAUGUACACCAUGAGUCGAUAUGCCACCGACAUUGGCGUUCGAACUGAUGUGAUUAAGGUGGCUGUCGAGGACUUGCCUCUUUUUCUCGAGUCAAUGGGCAGCGAAGAAGAAGAUGACGACGAAGAUGAAGACGAAGACGACGAAGAACAAGAACAAGAACAAACUUCCACCAAGAAAAAUGAAGAUUCGAAAUUGCUUGUGGCCAGGUGAUUUCAAUCCUUUUCGUGUUCCAGGGAGCUGCUUCAUAUAGAUUUGAUCCUCGACUCGAAAUUGCUCGGUCUUCUCCUUUUCGUGUUCCAGGGAGCUGCUUCAUAUAGAUUUGAUCCUCGACUCGAAAUUGCUCGGUCUUCUUUCCUUCUUAUAGGUAUGUUAUUUGGUUGCACACUGUUACUUUAACCUGAAUGAACUAGCCUGAUCAUGAAUAUUAAGUAGUCAGCUAUAUCACUGUCAGGAUGUUACAGACUCACAACCAAUAUAUGUCUGUCUCCAUUAGACUUGGAUGGUUUAUUUUUUGUUCUUUUGAUAAAAUGUUUGUUAGAAUGUGAUUCUAUCUUAUUAUAAGAAAUAAAAAAGCUAAGCUAAUGAGUUUCCUAGA